GCUCGUUUGUUUUGAUGGGAGACGGUGGGAAGGCAGCUGCAACUGUCGAGGAGAUGCGAGAUUAACUCUUUAUCGGAAGGAUAUCGUGUCAUUAGUGUUCUCCAACAAACCAAAAUGUACAUGUGUGUAAUAAUAUGGCUGCUCCUCCUGCUUCCUCACACACAGGCUCUUGGGGUUGUCCCAAGAAGAGAUAGGAGAAAUGUCCUUCUCAUCAUGGCAGAUGAUUUGCGGACAUCAUUGGGCUGCUACAGUGACUCUGUGGUAAAGUCGCCAAAUAUUGACCAACUGGCAUCCAAAAGCCAAGUUUUUCUCAAUGCGUAUGCGCAGCAAGCGGUGUGUGCUCCCAGCCGUACGUCCAUGUUGACUAGUCGCAGGCCGGACACCACCAGGCUCUAUGACUUCAAGUCCUAUUGGAGAGUCCAUUCUGGAAACUACACAACUCUACCACAGUACUUUAAAUCUAGAGGGUACAUCACAAUGUCUGUGGGCAAGGUAUUUCAUCCAGGUAUUGCCUCCAACUACACUGAUGACUACCCCUACAGUUGGUCCAUCCCUGCCUACCACCCAGCUUCAUUUAGAUAUGAGAAAAAAAAGAUGUGCAAAGGAGACGAUGGCAAACUCUACGCCAACUUACUGUGUGCCGUGAACGUGACGGAGCAGCCUGGGGGAACCCUCCCAGACAUGGAGAGCACAGACGAGGCAGUGAGGCUACUGAAGAGUCGGGUCAGCAAUGAUGAUCCUUUCUUCUUGGCAGUGGGUUUUCACAAACCACACAUACCCUUCAGGAUACCACAGGAGUACCUGAGUCUGUAUCCCAUAGACCAAAUGACUCUGGCUCCUGACCCCAAUGUCCCUGAACUCCUUCCACCUGUGGCCUACAACCCCUGGAUGGAUGUGAGGAAGAGAGAUGAUGUCCAAAAACUCAACAUUAGUUUCCCCUAUGGACCAAUUCCUAAAGACUUCCAGCUGCGGAUCCGUCAGCACUAUUACGCUGCUGUGUCUUAUAUGGAUGCUCAAGUUGGGCGGCUGCUUAGCACUCUUGAUGAGCUGCGGUUGACUGACAGCACUAUGGUGGUGUUUACCUCAGAUCAUGGUUGGUCGUUAGGAGAACACGGCGAAUGGGCUAAAUAUUCAAAUUUUGAUGUGACAACACGCGUUCCUCUCAUCUUCUACGUUCCUGGCUUCACCUCACUCGCACGUGAUCCGCUGGGAGAGUCUACCUUUCCCUUUAUUGAUGUCCUCGCCCAGUCAGAGUUCAGCUUUAAGAAUGACCAAGUUAUAAGAAACAUCGUGGAGCUGGUGGAUGUUUUUCCUACCGUCUCUUACAUGGCCGGCCUCAAAGCUCCUGAACCUUGUCCUGAUGUUUCUUUUCGGGAGGAGUUGUGUACAGAAGGAGAGAACCUGGCCUACACCUUCUGGCACCGAGAAACAGGAGUUGAAGAGGAAGCCAUAGCUUUUAGCCAGUACCCUAGACCUGCUGAUACACCACAGGUGAACUCUGACCUCCCUGACCUUAAAGACAUAAAGGUCAUGGGGUACUCGCUACGCUCCUGGGACUAUCGAUACACUCUCUGGCUGGGAUUCAACCCUAAAACAUUUCAGGUUAAUGUGUCCGAUGUCCAUGCUGGGGAGUUGUACAUGUUAGCAGGCGAUCCCGCUCAGGACAAGAACAUCUAUAGUGACUCUGACCACAGUGUGAUAAUGACAAAGAUAGCCAGCCUGCCUCGCACUGAGAGUCUGCAGAUGAGAAUGAGGCUGCAGCUCCUCUACCUCACAGCAGGGAUGAAAACAAGUAGAAGGAAGGCGUGAUGACGAGAAUAAAACACAACAGAUGGACGGACAGUGACGAGGACAAAGGGAAGAUGGAUGGAUGGAAAAACUUUAGUGCCUUGAGUAUUUCUUAUAUAAUGCAUACUUGAUUCAGUAUUAUGUGGUAUCACUGUUAAUCUUUCAGGCUCGUGUUCCUUGUUAAGAUGUCAUUGGCAGACAGCUCUGGGUCCAGCACAUGAGCAAAGUGAAGAAGAAAGCACGUGUGCUGUUUAAGACAUUUUAAAGAAAUUUAUGUUUUAGUUUUUUUUUUUUAUUUCCACUGUUAUCGUUAUCGCAGGUUAUGUUUCACACCUGCGAAUGACACUGGUGUAAACUUGAUUAAUCACUUGUGAGAAGUGUCCAUCUGAUUUUACAUGACUCCAAUAUUAGCAGCCAGGUGGCAUGUUUUUGAUAAUCUACAGCAGUUCAGAGAAAAGUAAGAUAUUUGGGGAAAUCAGCUAAUUUGCUUUCUAUCGGAGAAUAAAAUGAGAAGCUCAGUGCUGCUCUCAUGAGGCUAGCCUUCUAGCUAGCAGGCGCUUGGUUUAGCAUUAAGACUAGAAGCAGGGGGAAAGAGCUGGCCUAGCCAUUUAAAGCUUGAACUUUUUUAUCUUUGUUUAAUGUGUGCAGAACUGACUGUCAACAGAAAUGACAAGUUUAAGUUUCCAGGACCUGAGUGCGCCCGGGCAGAAUGUUCCAGCACUUAACCCCCCAUAAAACCACAGCUUGUCAACAACUUGUACAAACAGAGCUAAAACAUGUUAAUAAGUAAUAUUAAGGGGUUCUGACUGGAGUUACUUAUAAGUGUUACUAGACCCAGGCUAGCAGUUUCUCUCUGCUUCCAGUCUUUAUGCUAAGCUAAUUGCUAGCUGGCUCAUAUUUAGCAUACAGACAUGAGUGUGGUAUAGGUCCUCUAAUGUGACUCUGGGGGCAAAUCAAAUAGCAUAUUUCCCUAAAUGUGACACAUCUAACUCACAAAGAACAUACGUCUGAGCAGCUGAACCAGGCAGCCUUUUUGUCAGACAACUUUACUUAGAAGCAUGGACUCCUGAAAGACACGUCUGAUUGGCUGUGACCGUACUGGCUCAUCACAUUACAUCACAUUUCACUGCUAAUAUGUCUUUUCAUCUUAGGGAAUAUUGAGGAAACCUGAAGAAUUACUCCUUUUGGCUAAUAGCAACACCAGUUUCUCUUUUUGGAACAAGUGCUCUUGGGUGUACUAUUGAUCAUCCAGUCUGCUUCAAGUGGAGGCCAUUCACCUGAAAGUACAACAGCUAAAAGGGACUUGCUCAGUUUUGUACUGUAGUGUUAAACAAUAUGACAUUUCUAUUUACACAAGAUGUCACUAGCAGCUAUUUACCUCCCUCCUUGUAAACAGCCAGUUCAGAUCAAUUUGUGGACCCAAAAUGAAGUGAGUAACAAGCACCCAUAAUAAUUCAAUGCAAAUGAAACGGAGUGUUGCUACGUUUUACUGCUGUUCCAAGCAUGAACAUUUUGUGCUGUGGCAAUUUAGAAGAAAGCAAUUUCAGCUUGAAUUCCAGGGCCAACAAUGAAUCGAGGGGAUGUGGUCUGUCAACUUUUAUUGUAGGCUGCACUGGCUUCAUGUUAAUGGGAUAUAGAUGAAUCAUGUCUUCACUGUGGUUUUAUCAUGUUGGGAUGUUGACGAUGUCUUAAGAUGGAAUUAGCUCAUUUUUGUAUUUCUGCCUCUCUUGACCUCAUUGCAUUUGUGCUGUUAGCAGGUGUCCGUGUGUCAUGUAACACAUUUAACAUAAUGGAAAGUGGAUAUAAUUUAAACUGUCCAUACACACACUGACAGUGGUAAAAAAAAUUAGCUUAUCCUUGAGUUUGGUUGCGUCAGAGCAGCUUGGAGUCUGAGCUUCAGCUUUCUGAGGGGAAAAUAAAAAAUAAAUGCUGCAGAAAUAAUUCAAAUCUCUAGCUUUGCAAGGACACACUGUUAAUAUAUUAAUGUCUGUUUCGAUUGGUUUCUAAGAAUUUUCCAGCAAAAGUUGACUGACUUUUUUGGUAACUUAUGAUCACAACCUCCUCUAGUUUGUUUGUGUCUGUAUUUUUGUGUGUGCCAGCAUGUGUGCGUCCUGUACACUUUGCUGCCUGUACGUACACACCCCAUCACUCUGUUGUAAAGCUGCAGAGUAGUGAGGGAGCUCCUCAGGGACUUCUCCAGUUUUCUGUCCUUCCUUCCUCUGUCAUUUCCCUCCAUGCAGGCGCCUCGCUCUCUGGCACUGGAAGAAUUGGGACCGAACUGAACCUUUCCUAAUUCGUGCACGAUUCCACAGAGUCAAUCUCUCCGGGCAACACAAACGGUUAAAAGCCUUGUAAUUGCAUUUUGAAAUAUAGCAUGAAUUCAGUCUCAUGCCUUUAGUUUUUUUUUUUUUACCGUUUUCAAUUUCCAGGCAAUCAUGCAGAACCAUGUGUAGAACUCAGCUUGAAGUGAAGUCUGUAUGCUACAAAUGAAAAGUCAAAAAUAUCCAAAAGACCAGGGAAGCACUUGACAUCUCUCCCCUGCCAAUUUCACCUUUUCUAAUAAUUUCUUCUCCUCUUUUCAUUCCAUUUAACUUCCUGUCCUUUGAACACAUCAACAUUCAUAUUGGCUCAUCAGUUGCAGUCGUACAUUUCUUUAUGAUCUUUUUGUAACUUUGUAACUGUACAAUGGAUAGUUAAUGAUUAAAAGCAUUUGCAAAGUAUCAGCAAAAUUUACAGUACACAAGAACACAAUAUUCCAAUAUCAAUCAUUUUUGCAUCACAUGCUAUGAAAUCAUGUUAUAUUUAUUAAACGGAUUAUAUAUAAAUUAUGUUAUAUUUUUUAAAAUCGUUUGUUUAUUUUAAGAAGUAGGAUGAUUUUCUCUUAUCAGGAACAGUCAAAAUCACAAGGCACCUUAAAUUGACAUAGCAAACUUGUUAGCAUAGCAAACUGUUACCUGUUCACACAUCCAGAAAGUUCCUUAUUUACACCAGCAGAGCAACGUUGGUAUUCAUUUAGGGUUGUGUUCCUGUCCACCUGAUGAAAGUAAGUCCAAUAUUCACUUUUAGCUCUGUUUUUGGUCUCCACCAGCCUCCACCUGAGCGAAAUAGGCUCUGUAGCCACUAAAUGCUACGUUCACCGGACAGUUGCAAACUUUGUCUGUCUGCUGCUUGGUGCUAGGCAGAUGGUGGACAGUGGGUUUAUCAGAGCUUUUUCAGCUUGAUUGUCAUUGUCAUGUUUUGAAAUGGAGGUCUGAGUGAAGUCUCUAACGGCUCUCUUCUACUCUGCCUGUAUUCAUGUCAGCUCAUAUUUCUGCCUCAGUAGUUUUAUUGGAUCAAUAUUUAUCAUCACAAGCAGUGAUCUCUGACCAUGAUUAAAUUGAUCUAAUAGCAAUUACAUUACCUACUGUGUACCUGCUGUUCUUUCCCUCUGUUCCUCUGCAGCUGCCCUCUCAUUUUCUCCCCCUCUCUCUCUUACCUGCUCCUUGUCUCCAAUCCACUCUGUAUUUGUCUUACUCUCAUUGUCUAUCAUUAUGUUUCAUACACUAGUAAUCGCAUUACUGUUAUGGGCUCAUAUUGUGGCAGGUCACACUGUCUUUCUGUUAACGUUGGCGACAUACACAAUUACAUUAGAAAGAGGAGAGUGUGUGUAUGUGUGUAAAAACCGCUUAGCUUAGCUGCAUCAUGACUGGGGCUUGUCUCAAGGGGGUGUGUGUGUUUAUUGUGUGUGGAUGAAUAGUCAACACUGUAGUGUACUUGAAAAAGUGUCUCCAGAGUAUUUUCUCAGAGGAGCUGUUUUUCACCAGAAAUGCUCUUCAAAAUUAAUUUUGUAUACUCGGCUGUCUCCUCCUUGUGAGGCUACUAAGCUGCUUACAGUAUUUUAUUUGGCCAAUAUUUACAUUGUAGAGAUGUUGUAAGAAAGUUACAGAAUGCCAUAGGUAAUAGCUUCAUAUGAGAUUUUACAGUCAGUAAGCUUCUUUACAUUAAUGGACUGAGGUACAAUGGUCUGCAUUUGAAUCUGAACAUAACUGGAACAUUAAGUCCCAUUGCAACCUGUAGCACAAUGUCAUAGUUGAUAUAGAGAAAUGAAGAAUAUGGUUUUUAAACAGACACAGAAUGGCUAGUGCAUUAGUCCACAGUGUGAUGAGGUUUGUGACAGAAUAAAUGUUGGAAUAUUGAUGUUAAAAACAAACCUUUAAACAUGAUUUUAGUUUUAUGCUAUAUUUGAGCUUCAAAAAUGGAUCUGUAUUAAUUAGCUGUUAUGUUCGAUUGUAUAGAUAAUAAUUGUCCUAGUAAGCCACAUCAGCUUAUAUAAUGACAGGCCCCUACACUGGAACACCUAAAUGGAAUGCAGCCAUAAUUACUAUUAGUUACACCUCUGAUUGAUAUUACAACAUGUAUACUGUGAGUAAAGGUCUAUAAUAGCAGCUGUAUUCAGUUGUUAAGUGUAUGCUCCUGCAGUGCUUAUUUCUGAGCCAUUUCUUGUACGUGCUUUACUUUUACAUAGUAUCUGGAGUACUAAACCUGCCAACGAUAGUACAAGCUAGUAGAGGAGCUCAUAAAAGUGCAAAAUAUUUUAAUGGCUAUUGCCUCAAAGUGCUAGUGAGAAACUAUUUACAGAAAAAAUACACAGUAAAAUAUGUAAUCUUCAUGGGUAACACUUAAGCUGAACACCAAUUUAUUGUUGCACCCCUACAAUAUUUUCAGACUCACAAUGGGCAGUUAAAACAAAAUCUAAAUUGAAGCAGCAGAACCAGAGAUAUCAUCUCUUUCAUUUCAAAUAUCCUUCUUUUUCUUGUCGAAACCUGCUGUCUACAUUGCCCACAAUGCAAGUUGACAGCUGACAGUUCAGCUGGAGCAGCUACUAGCUGCUAAUGUAAACUUGUAGUUUUCAGCCCCAACUGACACAGACUCAAGGGACAUCACAUGAGGACAUUUGCUAGACAUCGUGCAGCUCCCUCUGGAGCUAAAAAAGGCUUUAUACAUAUUCAGUAGUACUCCACAGGACCUGUAAACAUGACGUCUGAAAUGGAUACAACAAAUUAACGAGAAGAUGAAUUAAGUAAGCAACUUUCCCAAAUUGCUGAAUAAUUCUUAAUAGGUGUUGUGAAGUUUUUUAGCUAGUGUACGCAAGCGAGCAUUUUUACUUAAAAUAUCUGCCUCCUUCCGCUGGACAUGACGCCAGUGAAAGCAGAGAGAGUUGGAAACAGUUGCCUACUUGGGCAGUUUGCCUUCUGUUUUGACCCCUGACAGUGGGAACAUGUUGGAAAUUUGAUACCACAAAAUGCUUAAUAUGCAUCUCCUUUAUUAGCAGGCUAUUGUGUCUUUUUGUACUCUGUAUUAAGCCACUGUGUUUUAUCUCUUUAAACAUGCCUGUUCUUCUCUGCACUACUGUCCGCUCUGACCCACAAUGUAGACAUCUGUAUCUGCAGGGCACGUGGAGCAUCAAGGAAGCAGCCAAUUAGAAGCCAGACAAGAUGUGAUAUGUUGGCUGUGAAGCCAGUUUAAUCAGGAGUCAUUCAAUUAGAGCUGACGAGCUCUGCCCUUGUUAGCCCCUCUGAAGCUGUAAACCGAGGAGCUGAAUUGAAAGCUUUUUUAACUUGACUUUUGCAGUGGUUAGCACUGUCGCCUCACAGCAGGGACGUUCACCAACCUGCUGGACAGCAGGUUUCUGUGCGGAGUUUAGGUGUUCUCACUAAAGACAUGUAGGUUAGGUUCUUUGGCAACUCCAAAUUGCCUGUUGGUGUGAAUGUGAGGAUCAGUGGUUAUCUGCCUCUUUGUGACAGCCCCUUUACUGACUGGCAACCUGUCCUGGGUGGACGCCGCCUCUCACCCAGUGUCUGCUGGGAUUGGCCCCAGUGAAGGGUAAGCGGGGUAUAGCUAAUGGAUGAUGAAGUUUUAAACACAAGGCAGAGAAUGAGAGGAAAUCUAUUAAAAUUGCCACUCUGCACAAUGAGACAGAGGGAAUUAAUUUUCUGAGUGGGUUUCUUUUAAUGAAGUUGAAAGGAUGUAAUCAACUCUGGUGGUAGCAGGUGAGGGAAACCUGUGGUUUUGAAAAUGGGCUAAAAUGCAUUUUCAGUUCAAUGUCAAUUAUAGCAAUAACUGGGUACUGUUUGGAGAAUGAGAUUAAAACAUAAUCAUCAGGAAAAAAACUAUUUUAAAUACAAAAGUGUUCGGUUGUUCUUUUAGGCUUUUGUGCUUGUGGCAAGAAGGCAGAAAUUAUGUUUUGUUGUCUCUAGAUCAGGGGUCUCAAACUACUAGCCUGCAAGACAAUUUCCUAAGGUCCCCCACAUGUUUUGAAUUUAAAAGCUUUGAAUUUUCUAAUGUCCUUUUUUAUUUUAGACUUUCUUUACAAGGCUGCAAAAUAAAAAAGGAGCAUAAAAAUGAGCUUCUUUCACAUCUUUAGUUUACCAGACUGCAUUUAAGUGCUCAACAUAAUCACUUCAGUGGUAACCAGCAGCACACUGAUAUCAUUGCCUUGGAAGGAGUCAUGACCUCAGAGUUUCUCAAUCCUGGCCACGGCCUGGUCUGAUUCACUGCGGCGCUCCAAAGUGUAUCUAAACAUAAAAGAAAGGUUGAUAUGUGUUUGCCUCUAAAGUAUGAAAACCACAUGUGCCUAAAUAAGUCCAGACCUGGUCUGGCCAUAUGAAGAACCAACACACCCUGAGAUGUAGGAGGAUAUUGUAGAUAUGCAGGGCAUCACAAACACUUAUAAGUAAUUAUAACAGGUUUUUUCAUACAUUUGACUUCAUGAGCUCAUCAACAAAGUCUGUGGUCAUUUAUUUGUUUCUGUUUAUCAUCCAUUUAUUUGAAGAGCCUCUAGCUACUGUUAGUGUCAGGGAAAUAGGACAACUUUAUGGUGUUGCUUUCUGUAUCCCAUGGAAAAUGCUGACUUGCUUUGUGUUUAGGAUCAGUAUACUGUUCUGUAUAUUCUAUAGCAGCAUAUUGCUGUCACCAUGAUAAAUGUAUUUGUUCAGUUUCUUACUAUAGCAAAAAUGGAUUGUUUUAACACAAUCCUUUUCACAUUACAAUAAGAUCUUAUUCAUCUUAUAAUGACACAUUUCUCUCAUUCUUUAUACUUUUACUGUUGUUUCUUUUUUUGUUAUAACCAAAUGUUUACAGCGAAUGCCUUAUAAGUGCCUCAUCCCCAGUUUGAUUCCAACCAGGGACCUUGGUGCAUGUUGUACCUCUUUCUCUACCCAUAUAUCUCCACACACUCCAAUCCAAGAAAAACAGAAAGAAAAUCAGCAUAUCACUCGUAUCUUGUUACAUCACAAAGCACAAAACUUAAGUUACUACACAAAACCGUAAGCUGGUAGCCUAUAUUGGCAACUAAAUGGACAAUUACUUGUUUGCGUGGUUUUAUUAAACUUAAGAUGAGACACAA